AGGAGGAGGGUGCUGCCGCCGGCGGUGCUGAUGGUGGCGAUCGGCGCCCGGGUGUGAUGCGAGCGUCAUGGUGGGGAUGCUGGCUUCGCGGCGGUGAGACAGCGAGCGAGCGCGAGCCAGGGGCGGAGGACGCCGGAAUUCGGAUCUGGCUGCUGUGUGGGCUCGGAUCUCUCCCCCCUCCCCCCUCCCCCCCCCCCCGUUCGGUUCUCGGUUGGCACACUGAAAAUCCCCCGACUCCGUCCUCUCCCGACCACUGGAAGUCUUCCCGUCUCUAAAUGGAAUUAGUGGAGAUCGGAGCCUCUGGUGUAAGGAACAGACAUGAUCUAUGGACGCAGUUUGUUUCACAUUGUAGCAAGUUUAAUCAUCUUCCAUUUGUCUGGGGCGACCAAGAAAGGAACAGAGAAGCAAACCACCUCAGAAACUCAGAAGUCAGUGCAGUGUGGGACUUGGACAAAACAUGCAGAGGGAGGUAUAUUUACCUCUCCCAACUACCCCAGCAAGUACCCCCCUGACCGAGAGUGCAUCUACAUCAUAGAAGCUGCCCCAAGACAGUGCAUUGAACUUUACUUUGAUGAAAAGUACUCUAUUGAGCCGUCUUGGGAGUGCAAAUUUGAUCAUAUUGAAGUUCGAGAUGGACCUUUUGGAUUUUCUCCAAUAAUUGGACGUUUUUGUGGACAACAAAACCCACCUGUAAUAAAAUCCAGUGGAAGAUUUCUAUGGAUUAAAUUUUUUGCUGAUGGAGAGCUGGAAUCUAUGGGAUUUUCAGCUCGAUACAAUUUCACACCUGAUCCUGACUUUAAGGACCUUGGCGUUUUGAAACCAUUACCAGCAUGUGAGUUUGAGAUGGGCGGCCCAGAAGGAAUUGUGGAGUCUGUACAGAUUAUGAAGGAAGGCAAAGCUUCUGCCAGCGAGGCCGUGGAUUGCAAGUGGUACAUCCGGGCACCUCCACGAUCCAAGAUCUACCUACGUUUCUUGGACUACGAGAUGCAGAAUUCCAAUGAAUGCAAAAGGAACUUUGUGGCCGUGUAUGAUGGGAGCAGUUCCGUGGGGGACCUCAAGGCUAAAUUCUGCAGCACCGUGGCCAAUGACGUCAUGCUCCGCACAGGUCUUGGGGUCAUCCGCAUGUGGGCCGAUGAGGGCAGUCGAAACAGCAGAUUUCAGAUGCUGUUCACAUCCUUCCAAGAACCUCCCUGUGAAGGCAAUACAUUCUUCUGCCAUAGCAACAUGUGUAUUAACAAUACACUGGUCUGCAAUGGACUCCAGAACUGUGUGUAUCCUUGGGACGAAAAUCAUUGUAAAGAGAAGAGGAAAGCCAGCCUGCUGGACCAGCUCACCAACACCAGUGGGACUGUCAUUGGAGUGACUUCCUGCAUUGUGAUCAUCCUUAUUAUCAUUUCUGUCAUUGUGCAGAUCAAACAGCCUCGUAAAAAAUAUGUCCAAAGGAAAUCGGACUUUGACCAGACAGUUUUCCAGGAGGUGUUUGAACCUCCCCAUUAUGAGUUAUGCACUCUCAGAGGGACAGGAGCUACAGCUGACUUUGCAGAUGUGGCAGAGGACUUUGAAAACUACCACAAACUGCGGAGAUCCUCUUCCAAGUGCGUUCACGACCACCACUGUGGGUCCCACGUGUCCAGUACGAAGGGCAGCCGCAGUAACCUCAGCACAAGAGAUGCUUCUGUCUUGACGGAGAUGCCCCCACAGCCCAUCAAACCCCUCAUCCCGCCCAUGAACAGAAGAAAUAUCCUCGUCAUGAAACACAGCUACUCGCAGGAUGCCGCAGAUGCCUGUGACAUCGACGAGAUUGAGGAGGUGCCCACGACGAGUCACAGGCUGUCCCGACACGACAAAGCCGUGCAGCGGUUCUGCCUCAUUGGGUCUCUAAGCAAACAUGAAUCUGAAUACAACACAACUAGGGUCUAAAAAGAAAAUUCAAGCUAAACUCUUCAAAACACUUCAAGCCUAUCAACUAUUCUUGACUUAGGUGAAUGCACUUCCAUGCUCUAUAUUACCUUGAUAAAUUGAUGUAUUUGUAUGCAUUUUUCAUUGGGAGAAAAUGUUUUAACUGUGUUUUAUUUUCAGAGAAGAACUAUUUGUACAAAGAUGGGGACUGUGAAAAGAAAAUUCUAUAGUGAAUUGUGAAAAGUGGACAUAUUUCUAAAUUCAUUUCCACUGCCUUUAUCCAAUCUUAAGAAUUGCAGACAUUUGUUAUUCCUUCAGCAAGACAUCCCCGCUGCACAAUGAUAUGUUCAUUUCGUAAUUUGGUUGCUGGCCACCAAGUGCUCCUUAGGUUUUAAACACAUUUUGAGAUUUACUGGAAACUUGAAGAAGAAAUUAGUUCCUGAUUAAGACUAUCCCGAUUUUUAUUUUCACUGUUAGUUUCACUUUGUUUCCAUGUUGUUUUAUGUCCUCGUUAUAUGAUUGUACGUUGUGUGAUAUGUGAAAAAUACGAUUGUGGAUGAACUUUGUGUUACAUGUACGUUGUUUUCAUUAGAUAGACUGCUUGAGAAUAGUGCGCUCCUGAGGGAUUUUGAACAUGCUACAGUUAAGAAGUGAAAAUAUGGACGAUGGACACACCAGCUAGAGGUUUUAUGGACUAUAACCAUCUAUUGUUGGAUUAUGAUUAAACGCAGCCGAAAGUCUUGAGCAAAAAUAACUACAUUGCAAUAAGAAACAUCUCAUUUUUUUGUUGUUCUUUCCCAAAUUCCCCCAACUUCCUUUUUGUUCUAUAUCAAAGGAAGACACUAAGUUUCAGAAAUCGUUUUUGAAAUCAGGUAUUUUACCAUUCGUACCCUUCAAUAGAAAUGUUUUUUGAUGAAGCACUUAGCAAUAUGACUGAAUUGGCAGUGUGAGAAACUAUCCUGCAUGUCAGUACUGAAUAUUUGAGUUGGAAAAAUAUCCUUUUUAUUAAACACAUUGUAAAAAGCAUGCAUUCUUGAAUACUGCUGUUACACUUCCAUUUCUUUGUGUCAUAUGCUUGCUACUUGUAACUUUUGAUAUAAAGAUAUAUAAAAAUGUAUAAUAAUUUCCUAA